AUGAGAGAGAUAAAAAGUAUUCGCCACAUCAGUGCUUAUCUCGUCCGCAAUGCCGCCGCCCUUUUACUGUCGGCACAGCGCCCAGCUUCUCCUCGCUCUGUCGACGUCAUGAAUUUCCUUCUACUUGCAGGUUUUUUCCGUUUAUAGUAGAACUAAAAGGAAACUCUUAACUUUGUGCUUGGGAGUUUGAAAGUUGGAUCGCAUACUCUUUAAUGUACUAGGAUAUGAUUCUGGAGUCUCAACCUGUAAAAGUUUCUAGUUUUCGGAAACGAACACGUCAACGUCAAUGAGAUUCAGGCUGGUUCAGGCAGAUGAGCCUUUUUUUUUGGAAAAAAUAAGGUUUUCCCGUUUGAAAGUGGUACUUCAUCAAGGAUUCAUGCAAUGGUAGUUUGAAAGACGGUUUAUUGUGAAAAGAGGUACUUCAUAAAGCUGAACCGAUUUGCUAUUACAAGAGUCGGAACAACCAUUGAAACUCGGAAUCGCUACCACAAUAGUCGAAAAGCUUGAAGAUUCAAUUUUUAUCGACUUUUGCUUUUCAACAAUUCAUUGCAGCGGCCUUCAUCGGCUUGGCCAGCGCUCAGUUCGGUAAGGACAACUGCAACCAACAACUCUUUCAAGCCUGUAACAGCCAUCUGGGACAGUUCUGGAGCGUCGAGUUCGUGUCGUCUCAUGGUGUUUUUUGUUCAGCGGACAGAUUUCAGCACUUCCACGGCCUGGAGCGACAUCAGCGUCCUCGAUCGGAUCACGCAGAAUCUUCUGCCGUCGCCGUACCCCAUCGACAACCUCGUUCACGUCUGCAAGUAAGAUGCCAACAAAAAAUGAGCGGUUUACCCCAAAAAUUGAUAAAGCAAACACAAAGUUGUCCAAGUGUUCAAUCUUUCCCAUUAGGGAAUGGUCUCAGCUCACGAUGGGACUUAUAAAAGAAACUAAAAACGCUAGGUGCUCUUUUUUUUACCUUGAAGAUCUGUGAAAACUUUGUGACUGCACAAAAUUUGAAAAAUGAUCGAAUUUAUUUCAGUGGUUGGUCUAACUUUUACGGAUGCCUCGGCCCUCAGAACAUCAGAAAUUGCCUCGGACUCGUCGGAUUCGUAGGCCGUGGAAUGGCUCCGCAAAUGGUAUUAUCUCAGUUGAGCCAGAGAAAAUGUCUUCCAGGCUUAUGCAUACGAAGGAUUCCUCGCCGACUGGGGUUUCAAGUGCGGAGCUGGCUUUUUCGGUGAGAAAGGUGCAGAGCGUUCGAACAAACUUGUUCAGCGGUGUACGAGGCGCCGAACGUGGCGAGCUGUGUGCAGAACACCUACGUCAACUACCAACAGGAGUCCCAGCAAGCCUUUGGCCCUUACCUCACCAACACCACCAAUGAUCCCGCUAACGCCUGCACGUAUGAGCUCGCAUCUGUUCUCUCUUCUCGGAACACUGAGAUCGUCUUCCAAGAGACCAAAAGACUUGAAAAUAGGAGGGCUGAAGGGUUAUUUGGUGAUCUGAAUCCUUUGCUCGAAUUUGUAUGAGGAGUAUUUGUUGUCCCUUCUUAACAUAUCAACGUUCUCAGUUAGGGUGAAUUUUUGGCAGGAAGCUGUUUUCAGAUACGCUCAAAAUCUGAUGAACAGCCUUCAGAAGGUCUACCAAAACGGUCCCUGCAGAGCCAUCGAUCCCGUAAGUUUUCUAUGAUUCUUCCGACCUGAUGCAUUUUUCAGUCGGUCGCCGGCUGGUACGGCUGCACCUCGGCGCGCGAAUACACUAACGCCCAGUUCUACCACUGCCGCCACAUCACCCAGUGCGCAAGUAAGUUUUUUUAAGGGAGCCGCACUUGGGAUACUACUCCGUAGCUCAAAAAGAUUAGAAAAAUAUGAACUUACAAUGGGAACAAUAUGGACCGCAAAAAAAGAAGAAUGGGAUUCAAGUGGUAUGAACUCAGACGAAUCCUGGGAAGGUGUUUGGAUAGGUCGGAAGAUUAAUGGAAGCUAGAAGGUCAUGAGAAGGCUUUGGGAGGUGUUCAGAAGGUAGUUGGAAGGUUUUUUGAAAGAAAGAAAAGAUUCGAAAGGCCUGCCAGAAGCCUUCCAGCAGACUUCUGAAAGGUGAGUAGAGGUGUUGGGAAGGUAAGUGGAAGGAAUCACUAGCUGGGAAGCUUCCAAACACCUCCCGAGGAACUGAAAGUUGGAGUUUUCUCACUUUUACCUGACCUUUUACCUGGUGAGAAAACAACUUAACUAGAAUUUUAGUAUGCUCAAAUAUUUCGACAAAGAAAUAAUUUUUUUUCUUCGAAAUAUUCGAGCUUCUGAAGUUUGUCGACUUUAAAGAAUAUAAAAAAACUUUCAUUCAUCCAUAUUUUCAGCACCCGUGUCGCCAGUUACAAUGCGAAUCAACGAACAGACCGGAAAGUCUGAAUUCCUUACCGGUAAAUUUUCUUUCAAGUAUAAAUCACACAAAAACAAAAAUAAUUGAAUAAAAAGGUAACAUAUCUUCCUGUUUCAGGUCCAACCUACGUCGUGGAGAAAGACGUAGCUCGCAUCGACAAGCCGCAGCGCUGGAUCUCCGUGUAA